AUGGCAGCUGACUCCACAGACAAGAAGGAUGCUGAAUCUUCAGGGACCAAAGACCGAGAGAGGAAAAGCAGCCGGUCACGAGAGCGCGAACGUAAACCCUCACCUGCACGCAAACGCCAUCGCUCUCGUGAACGAAAUCGCUCUAAAUCUGCUGAACGAGACCGACGCAUGAAAGACAAGGAUAGAGACAAGGAACGUGACCGAGAUAAGGACAGAGAGAGGGGCCGGAAGGACAGAGAUGGCCAUCGACGUGAUAAAGACCGCAGCAAGAGGUCCAGAAGUCUGUCACCCAAAUCUAAGGAUGCCAAAUUAAAGAGAGACAGGGACAUAAAAACAGAAGAGGAGGAAGAUGAGAAAAAGAAGAAAGAGAAGGUUCAACCGUUGUCUCUGGAAGAGCUUCUCGCCAAGAAGAAGGCAGAAGAGGAAGCGGAGGCAAAGCCCAAGUUCCUCUCCAAGGCAGAGCGAGAGGCCGAGGCUAUAAAACGGAGGGAGCAACAGACGGAGGAAAGGAGGAGGUUGUUGGAAGAGGAGAGGAAGAAAAGAAGGAUGUUCCAGGACAUGGGGAGAAAAAUGUUGGAGGAUCCCCAGGAACGGGAGAGACGAGAGCGAAGAGAGCGAAUGGAGCGGGAGAACAACGGGAAUGAAGAUGAUGAUGGACGACAAAAGCUCAGAGAGGAGAAAGAUAAAAGCAAGGAACUCCACGCCAUCAAGGAGCGUUACCUCGGUGGGCUCAAAAAACGCCGGAGAACUCGUCACUUGAAUGACAGGAAGUUUGUGUUUGAGUGGGACGCUUCUGAAGACACUUCAGUCGACUACAACCCGAUUUACAAAGAAAAGCAUCAUGUGCAGCUGUACGGACGAGGCUUCAUCGCUGGCAUCGACUUGAAGCAGCAGAAAAGAGAGCAGUCACGUUUCUAUGGUGACCUGAUGGAGAAAAGGCGAACGCUGGAAGAGAAGGAGCAGGAGGAGGUACGACUGAAGAAGAUGCGUAAGAAGGAAGCCAAGCAGCGCUGGGACGACAGACAUUGGUCUCAGAAGAAGCUGGACGAGAUGACGGACAGAGACUGGCGAAUCUUCAGAGAGGACUACAGCAUCACCACGAAGGGAGGAAAGAUCCCGAACCCCAUCAGGAACUGGAAGGAGUAUUCGCUGCCUGCACACAUCGUGGAGGUCAUCGACAAAUGCGGCUACAAGGAUCCGACACCUAUUCAGAGGCAGGCCAUUCCUAUUGGUUUACAGAACCGUGACAUCAUUGGUGUGGCUGAGACGGGUAGCGGUAAAACGGCUGCUUUCCUGAUUCCACUGCUGGUCUGGAUCACCACCUUGCCAAAGAUUGAAAGGAUUGAAGACUCAGAUCAGGGUCCUUAUGCUGUGAUCUUGGCCCCGACUCGUGAGUUGGCGCAGCAGAUUGAAGAGGAGACCAUAAAGUUUGGUAAACCGCUCGGCAUCCGCACAGUGGCUGUGAUCGGAGGAAUCUCCAGAGAGGACCAGGGCUUCCGUCUCAGGAUGGGCUGCGAGAUUGUGAUCGCCACCCCUGGUCGUCUGAUCGACGUGCUGGAGAACCGGUACCUGGUCCUCGGCCGCUGCACAUACGUGGUCCUGGAUGAGGCCGAUCGUAUGAUUGACAUGGGCUUCGAGCCCGACGUCCAGAAGAUUCUGGAGUACAUCCCAGUGACCAAUCAGAAACCAGACACGGAGGAGGCGGAGGACCCCGAGAAGAUGAUGAUGAACUUUGAAUCUGGAAAACAUAAAUACAGACAAACGGUCAUGUUCACAGCUACUAUGCCUCCAGCUGUGGAGAGGCUGGCCAGGAGCUACUUGAGGCGUCCUGCCGUGGUGUACAUCGGGUCUGCUGGCAAACCUCACGAGAGAGUCGAACAGAAGGUCCUGCUCAUGUCGGAGGGAGAGAAGAGGAAGAAGCUCCUGGAGGUGUUGUCGCAUGGCUUCGAGCCUCCGAUCAUCAUCUUUGUCAACCAGAAGAAGGGUUGCGACGUGCUGGCCAAGUCUCUGGAGAAGAUGGGGUACAAUGCUUGCACACUGCACGGUGGCAAAGGCCAGGAACAGAGAGAGUUUGCGCUCUCCAAUCUCAAGGCAGGAGCCAAAGAUAUCUUGGUGGCCACAGACGUUGCUGGUCGAGGUAUCGAUAUCCACGACGUCUCCAUGGUCCUUAACUACGACAUGGCUAAGAACAUUGAAGACUACAUUCAUCGUAUCGGUCGUACGGGUCGUGCCGGUAAGAGCGGUGUGGCCUUGACCUUCCUCACCAAAGAGGACUCGGCGGUGUUCUACGACCUGAAGCAGGCUUUCCUCGAGAGCCCGGUCUCCACCUGCCCUCCGGAGCUGACCAACCACCCGGACGCUCAGCACAAACCUGGAACCAUCCUGACCAAGAAGAGACGCGAGGAGACCAUCUUUGCCUGAUUUACCUCCCCGGCUGUUAUCGUACAGAUUGUACUUUAUCCACUGAACACACGCCUAGGGGUUCAGACUGUUGUAUCUUUAUACAGAACACAUUUCUCUGUUCCGGUCUUCAGGUUUAUUUACACCCGUUUCUUUUGUUAUUUUAGUUCCUUGGCUCCUAUUGAGUCAGUCAGAGUAACACAUUGUUAACUGGUGCAGAAAUCAUCACAGCACUGGUUUUGGGAUUGUAAAGGCUCAGUUUAAACAUGUGUAAAUGUUUGUUUUUUGCUUCUAUAUAAACAGGAGCCAGAAUCAGUAACUGAUCUGCACUGUAUAAAUGUUACUCUUCAGUUAUCAAAUGUGAUAAAUACCAGCCCGGAUGUGAGUGUAGAUGAGUGGUUAAGUGCUAUAUUGAGCAUUUUUAUGAAUUCUCUGUCACCAUAAUUUGAGUUUCCUGACUGUUAAAGACCAAUGCCAGAAGUGACGGACAUUUCUUUUGCUUCAGAUCCAUCCUCUGAGUCAAUUCAGUGUUUUAAAUAUAAACAUUUGUAUGACGUGAAUACAGCAGAUUUAAGUAACACCUGGUUCGUAACUGUCUGAAUAAUUAAUGUGAAAGAAACUGUCUGUAGCAUUUUUAGUCUAAAAUCACUGUUGAGUUGUUCUGAUACCAGUAUUGGAAAUUCCUCCCAAAACUUCCUAAAAUGCAGUAUCGGGAAUCAGUGAGUACACGUGCACCGAUCCGAUGCCACUUAAUGGUGCUGCUACUAACCUUUUUCCCAGGAUGGUAAAGUCAGGACCUGCCCAUACUCAGAAUCUCAGGGUUUAACCUGAGUCAUAAAACAAUGACCGCAAUGAUACAGAGUUAUUAGUAUACGCUUAUCUAUUUUUUUAACGCACAUGUAUCAGAUCAAUACUCAAAGUUCAGGUAUCAGGAAGGAACAAAUGGUAUCGGAACAUCUCUAAAAAUGAUCAACCUCGGGAUGCAGAAAAGAGUUCAAAUCUUCAAAAAGAGCAAAUAUUUAGUGUUCACACACACAGGUGCAGGAUUAAUGUGGAGUUUUGAUUAAAAAAUUGUUUUAUCUGUUUAAUUCCUCGUUCAUAAACCAGUUUAAAAACACAAAUGGGUUUGAUUUUUCAAAAAAAGAUGAUACCUGAGUCUCACCUGUUCAGGUGUGUGUCCUGUUAGGAUGACCGGGGUCAACAGGUGGUGGGAGGUGAUCGGUGUCAUAUAAACAUAUCAAAAACAGAAAAUAAAGGUAAACGUUAACUCAACUAAAAAAACAUACUGUACAUAUUAUUAUUCAUGUACAUUGUUUUUAAUUUGAGUUAUCUUAUGAUGAUUAAUUAGAAGUAAUUAUGAACAAGCUCAG